CUGCGGCUCUAUCUUAGACAUAUCUGCCGCACCAAACAUUCCAUGCGAUGUGUGUGGAAAAACAAAUCCCAACAAGUUAAUGGACCGUCCGAUAACAUCUACAUCAAACAAUUUCCCGUCAAAACUUCGUACCAAGCUGAGAUCUCAUACGCGUGAAUUGGCGGUCAAAGACCGCGAGUCGAACCGCCGAAUUCAGGUGGAUUGCCAGAAAUGCGAUUCAAAGGAGGUUACUUGGAGUGAGAUGCAGUUGCGAAGCGCGGAUGAAGGAAGCACUAUCUUCUAUCGUUGCCCGAAAUGUGGGCAUAGAUGGCAGGAUAAUAACUGAGGAUUUUUUUCGUUUGUCGUUUCUUUUCUAGGGCUGGUGUUUCCUCUCUAUUUACUUUGUACUAUGCCAUAUGAUUGAAUGAGGCACGAGGAUCUUAUUGCCUAACAAGGCCACACAAUUCAUGCUUCCAAAUUCUCAGCUAUCCAUCAGCAAGCUAUAGACCUGGUACAUAAAACACC